AGCCUACACACACACACAAACUCACACACCCACACAAGGGUAGGCUACAAAGGCUAAAUGACUUCACAUCUCAAACACAUCCCUUUUUAAGUGGCCCAUCGUAAAUGGAUGAUGGCCUUUCUAGGCCAAGUGAAAUGUCAAGAGGACUAUGCGGCCUUCUUUGGUCAAUUCAAAAUGACUAAUAGCUAGUCUAAUUGCAGCAUAUCAAGACACUAGUUUAAGUUGUUAAACUUACUUGCUUUCUAUCGUAUUUGUAAAACCAGAUUAAUUCAAGGAUGUGUGUUUUAGGCCUGAAUUUAAGCAUAACAUUGUGUUGCUACAUUCUGUUGUUCGGAUGAAACUUGUUCAAGCUCACAUAAUUGAUGUUAUAUGCAAAUAUUUUAAUGACUUAUACAUAUUACAUAAUAUAUUGAUGGCAAUGCCAGUCAAAAUAUUUGAAGUUAAACGAGAAAAGCGUCAGGCUAUUUAUUGCUAAGGUUGGUCCUUUCAAUUCCUUUUAGGAAGAGAGACGUACUGCUGUUUGGUUUACAGACUGUAGCUAACAUUAGUAAGGUUAUUCUUUAAUGGAUAAAUAUCGAUAGCCGUUGAGAUCACAAGGGGCAUAUCUGAACGGCAAUGUCUCGGGUCACAUGUCACCCCUACAUUAUCGCCAAAGAAGACGGAAGAAUAUCCCCUGAAAGAAAAUUCAAAAGCGGCGUAUCAUUAAGUAAGCUAACCAACUGGCUAGCUGUAGGCAGCAGCUAACAUUAGCUAGCUAGUUGAGUUAGCAAUUCUCGGACCUUCCUUUACGUUUUUGAACGGCCCGACCAAUGGACAGGGUCUGCCGGGGGGCUACCGCCCCUUCUGGCACAGCGAUCCAAGUGUGCUUCCCCGAUGUGCAAGGAGCGCUCCUGGAGAAGCUGAAUCAACAGCGGGAGGAUGGAAUGCUUUGCGACCUUUCCAUCCAUGUGCAAGGACAAGUGUUCAAGGCGCAUCGCUGUGUUCUUGCAGCGUCCUCGCCCUACUUUCACGACCAGGUUCUCUUGAAGAAUGUUACCACCGUGUCUCUUCCAUCAGUCAUGGACCCUCUCGCUUUCCAGAGCGUCCUAAGCUCUGCCUACACUGGACAGCUUAGCAUAGUCCGCGAGGACAUAGUCAACUACGUGACCGUGGCUAGCUUCCUGCAGAUGUGGCACAUCGUGGACAAGUGCACAGAGGUGCUAAAGCAAGUGCGCCCCCUAAUGGAGCCGAGUCCGGUGGAAAUCACACCGCCCCAUGGGGGCUCGUCCAGGCACCAGUCGCCGAGUAGCUCGGACUGCUACUAUGUAGACCCAGACGACAAGGGUCGGGAGAAGGGCCGUGACUGCAUAUCAUCCCUGGAGAAAGGGUCAAGGGGCAUGGAGCAAAAGGGGCCGCUACCCCCCCUGGCUACCUGGAGGAGGCCGCACCUGACCUCGAGGUGGCGAGCUCGGGCGUCGCCGCAGCAGCCCGAGUCCUUCAGCCAGCCACCGCCACUGGCCUCCGGGUCUGUCUUCAGCCCCGAGCACAGCGAGGAUCUCUCCGUCAGCGAGGGAGUGUCCAUCCCCGGUGGCAGUGGUCAUCACACUGGCCCCUAUGGGCAGCACAUGGGACGAGGACUAGAGACCGUCCCCACACGGCUCGAAGGGCUCGCCGACCCUUCCCACCUAAGAGAGAGGACGCGGCCAAAGGGAGCCCCCACAGGCCGCAGGAGACACCCAAGCUGGGAACGAGAGGGAAGGGAGGACGGAGGCCUCCAGGAGAGCCAGAGUGGAGGUGAGAGGGGGAUCGAGGCAGACGAAGGUGUCGGUGAAGGUUUGGUAGAGGAAACCACGACAAAAACCCAAAGGACACAGCGCUCUGGAGACUACAUACCAGGCACGGCACUACUGGAAGGACGGCCAGAGGCCCCCGAGAAAGACGUGGGAGAGGUUCGGCCUCACAUUGGCCUGCCAGACACUGCGGAGGACUGUCCGCCACUGCCCUGCGGUUCUGGACUGUGUCCAGCUCCCCCCGCCCAGGAGCAGUGGCAGGCCAGUCCAUGGCUGCAGCAGAGAGACUACAGAAGAGGGGAGGACGAUGAGGUGGACGAGGACAUGGACUUUGAGCAACUGGGAGAGGGUGUGUUCGGCGGGGAAACGUACGACGAAAUCGAGGACGGGACCGGGCAGGUUUCCCAGAGGCCUCUGCUGCCGUCACCGGAUGACGGGCAGUUCAUCUCUGGCCAGUCGGAUCACAGCUGGGUUGGCGGUGGCGGCGGCAGCGGCAGCCAACACUCCCCGUCAUCCACCCCCUUCCACCCGUCGGCCUCGCCCCCGAUCCCUUCGUCCUCGUCUCCGCAGCCCAACGCUUCAGGCCCGUACACGGGCCGCCUCCACUUCUGCCACUGCGGCAAGGCCUACACCCUGAAGAGCAUGCGCGACCGCCACGUGAAGAUGCAGCACCUCAACCUCAGGCCUUUCUCUUGCCCAGUGUGCUCCAAGUCCUUCAAGAUGAAGCACCACCUCACCAAGCACCUCAAGACCCACGGCAGCGUCAGGCCCUACGAGUGCAGCCUGUGCGGCAAGAAGGUGGUCUGGAGGGACAGUUUCCUGAGACACCAGGCCCGCUGUGAGCGACUGGCUCGAGCCGGAAUGGCCGCCACCGGUGAUGACGGAGCCGACGUCGGGGACGACGGGUACGUCCCGCAGGAUGGUGACGGCUUCCUGUCGGACAGCAGUCAUGUGAAAGUGGAAAAGAUGGAUUUUAAUGGAGACGAGGUGCCUGGUAUGGAUGGACUAGACAAUAUGGCGUUUCUGUCUGGUGGGGGCAGUGUCUUGGCAACCCCUGGAAAGAUGCUGGAUGGACAUGUUUUCAAACAAGAAGAAGGAGAGAGGUUUAGCUGACUUUAGAACAUAUCUAUGUUGACGAUAAGCACAAGCAUAAUAGCAUUUUUUUAUGAAAUCUUUGCUUGCUACCAAAGUGAAAGACUAUCAUGUGAGUUUAUUCAGGAAGGUAGGGCCAAGGACUUUAACAAUUUGGAGAUAUGACAAAAUAUCAAUAUCUGCAGAAGUUCAUAUUUGUAAAAAAUGUGAAUAGUUCCUAAAUUUUUGUUUGAAGAUGCUCACUUCAUGAAUUCAGUACAAUCAUAAAUGUUCAAGUUAAUGUUUUAACCACAUAAUUUAUUCUAUUUGCAUUUCACACUGUAUGUAAUUUUUUUUUAGCUUUUUUUGUAAAUGUUAAGAAUUUUAUGCCUUUAAUCUGACAGGAUAGUCAGAUCUCGAACCGAGGUCGCUGUGGGCACAUGGACCCAAAUAUGGUACGGGCACUGGAACCAGUUGUGCCACAGCGACCACUGAAAUUUUACUUUUAAAAUACAGUCAGAGAUGGUACACAAUUUCAAGCCCAUAACAUUUUUUUUGUCACAUUCAGCAAACAUCGCCUCACAAUCCACUAGCUUCCCAUUCUGUGAGUACACUUUUUUUUUUUUUUACAAACACACACAGGGUGGCUCUCAAACACUCUCCUCGAUCCUCGAUCCUCGAUGCUCGAUCCUCGAGGGGCAUUCCCACUGAUCUAUAACUAACACUGGAUAGACUAUCCCAUUGUUGCCGCCCCAUCAUUCUUUAUGUACCUGUAGAUCAGUGAGGAUCAAGGCCCGAGGAGGAAGGGAGGAUGUAUAAAAGACCAAAUGAGAGGCACCCAUAGUCUCUGAAAACUGGGAACAAAGAAAGUGGAGGCAUCUUGUCCCCCCCAAAAAUACAAAACACAGUUGGUGGAUUUUCUCUGGAGAUACUGAUUUUUUUUUUUUAUGUAAACACAAACAAAUAACAAACAAACAUCAUGCACAAUUGCUGGCUGUACCUUACAGGUAUUGGAACAGUUAAUGUACACAUCGAUCUCUUGUGGAGUAAUGGUUCUUCAGAGUGCUGAAUCUAAAGGAUGUUUUCAUCACAAAUGUAAAUAGUUUGCACACGUUAGCAUUCAUCACUAUUACUGACAAAAUGGACUGGAUUUAUUGACUUCACUAACAGUUGAGGUCUCCGAUCAUUUCCCGACACAGUCUAAAAGACUCCUUAAUGGGCAUAGCCUACAGCCAUUUUGUUCAAUUGCAUCAAUACAAAUUCAGUCCUUAUUAAAUCAGUACCAUCUAACCACUUUGUGGAUGUGUUUUUGUUUGUUGUUGUUUGUUUUUUUCUGGGGAAGAUGCACAAUUCCAGAAAGAAUUUGUGACCAUACUGGUAGACUGCAAUAUGUUACUUUCAGUAGAGCAUCAAAUGUUUCUGUAUGUGAAGCAUGACAGACUUUAUUCACCAAGACCGGCUACCCUGUCAGAGCGGAGACUGAGAGCCAGUCUAGUCGUCCAAUAUCGGUGUGUGACAAAUGUGUGGUCAAAUAUUUCCAUAAACACACUCCUAAACCUUGUGGAAAGCCUUCCCGGAAGAG